CUCAGUGCUAACAUGGACUAAUCUGUAGAAGCAGUUUAUUCCAGUGUCACCCAGGGUGCAGCCACACAAGGGCCUGUGCUGAAGAAUAUUUUUUCUCAUAAAUGAGACAUCUUUUUCAUCUUUGCUUCUUAAACAUUGGCUGAGAACAUUUACCUUGUAGAUAAGUAGCACAGGGUGGAUAAAUUCUACUUUCAAGAGAACUACUCUCUUCUGACAAGAUCAGUCUUCUACCUAAGACAGCAUGAAAGAAUAUGUGCUCUUACUGCUCGUGGCUGUGUGUUCUGCCAAACCCUUCUUUAGCCCUUCACAUGUGACACUGAAGAAUUUAAUGCUGAAGGAUAUGGAAGACACAGAUGAUGAGGAUGACAAUGAUGAUGACAACUCUCUUUUUCCAACAAAGGAGCCAGUAAAUCCCUUUUUCCCAUUUGAUCUGUUUCCAACAUGUCCAUUUGGAUGCCAAUGUUACUCACGAGUUGUACACUGCUCUGAUCUAGGUUUGACCUCGGUCCCAAGCAACAUUCCAUUUGACACACGAAUGGUUGACCUGCAAAACAACAAAAUUAAGGAAAUCAAAGAAAAUGACUUUAAAGGACUCACUUCACUUUAUGCUCUGAUUCUCAACAACAACAAGCUAACAAAAAUUCACCCAAAAACCUUUCAAACUACAAAGAAGCUGCGAAGGCUAUAUUUAUCCCACAAUCAACUAACUGAAAUACCACUUAAUCUUCCCAAAUCAUUAGCAGAACUUAGAAUUCAUGAUAAUAAAGUUAAGAAAAUACACAAGGACACAUUCAAAGGAAUGAAUGCUUUACAUGUGUUGGAAAUGAGUGCAAACCCUCUUGAAAAUAGUGGAAUAGAGCCAGGUGCAUUUGAAGGGGUGACAGUGUUCCAUAUGAGAAUUGCUGAAGCAAAACUAACCUCAAUUCCUAAAGACCUACCAUCAACUUUAUUAGAGCUUCAUUUAGAUUUUAAUAAAAUUUCAACUGUGGAACUUGAGGAUUUUAAACGAUACAAAGAGCUACAAAGGCUGGGCCUAGGAAACAACAGAAUUGCAGAUAUCGAAAAUGGAAGUUUUGCUAAUAUACCGCGUGUGAGAGAAAUACACUUGGAAAAUAAUAAACUUAAAAAAAUCCCUUCAGGAUUACAAGAGUUGAAGUACCUCCAGAUAAUCUUCCUUCAUUUUAAUUCAAUUACGAAAGUGGGAAUAAACGACUUCUGUCCAACAAUACCAAAGAUGAAGAAAUCUCUCUACAGUGCAAUAAGUUUAUUUAACAACCCGGUGAAAUACUGGGAAAUACAACCUGCAACAUUUCGUUGUGUUUUGAGCAGAAUGAGUGUUCAACUUGGGAACUUCAGAAAAUAAUAACUAAUGAUGUCCACUCAGUAUGAAUUUCAAAAAAUCUUUCAUUUGGAAUACUUGAAUGUCAUUAAUAAUGGUAGUAUUAUUCACAUAGAAAAAUCUGUCCCAUAUGGUAAGCGACAAAAAAUUUUAACAGAAUUUUGCCGAUUUAUUGGUACAUAAGGAUUGACAGAAAUAAGUAUCUAUUGCAGUUUUCUUCUGCAUAAAAUGACUGUGCAUAAAUCUCUUGCUUCACCAUUCCUUUCUCAGUAAAAAGUCAGUAUUUAACCUUUUCUUAUCUAGUGCAUUUUAAAAAGAACUGUACUGUAAAUAGAAUGCUUGACUUAGCAACACUUGUGCUCUUUCAUUUGUAAGAAAAAUAAAAUUGAUAAGGACAGCUAUCUGAAGAGUAUAUUAUACUAUUCUUAUUCUUUAAUAACUUGGGUAGUACUGUAACAUUUCUAAUCAUGGCGAAGUAUGGUUUGAGAUAAUCAUAACAAAAUUCUCAUGUGCUACAGCCUGUCUUUUAUGUUUAAAACCAUUUUCUUAUAAUAAAACUUUCAGUAAGUAUUCAUUACCAACUCUACAGAUGCUACUCUUAAGAGCUGGUUUUGGGGCUAAAGCACAGUUUUCUCUAUAUAGUUAGUACUUGAUUAUAAAACCUCUGUAAAGAUGUGUAGUGUUUAUAUAACUCUCAUUUUUAUUAUCAGUUAUUAUAAACCUUUAUUAGUAUGUCAAUUUUUAGGUUAUAUAACAAUGUCACCUCAACUCCAAGGAAUAUUUUCAGGAUGUCCCUUUGGAAGAUCUAGUUUAGAAGGGUCUAUAUGCUAUUAAUUCUAUACUGAUUUGUCUCCUUAAGUACACACAGACUAUAUAACUCAAGAAAUACAUCUGAAGUGGUAGAGCAUCAAAGAAAACAGACAAAAACUGAAAAUUCUGUACAAAAGCUAUGAGUAGUCUCAUUUGUUUUAUUGGCAUUCAAACUUAGAAAUACGGAAAACAUCAUUAAAAUAUUGU